GUCGGAACUUGACAGGUGACAGGGCAGUGAAUUGAUUUUUUGUAAAAAUGUCGUUGACAGACAAGCUGGCGAUGCUGAUGGCGCGGCCGGGCGGGGAGAAUGCCCAGAAAGAUGACGUCCCGUGGUGGAUGCGCUACGCUGGACGGGGGUUGGGGACAGUUGGCAGCUUCAUCGCGAUAGUGCUUGGGCUGAUCAACUGCACAGGCAUCAUCUUGCUGCAGGCCGGGUGCCUCAUCGCGGGCAUUUGGCAGAUGUUGGCUGGGUUCAUCGUGAUCGUCUGCGAGGCGCCCUGCUGCUGCUUCUUCAUAGACUACGUGCAGACUCUCUCCGACAAGGUGGAGUCGCGACCCUACUGGAAUAAGGCCGUGCUUUAUGUCGGGUUAUCGCUCCCGCCGUUCUUCCUGUGUUUCCUGAGCAUGAGCACGUGGUUCGGCAGCGGGCUCAUCUUCGCCACCGGUAUCAUCUACGGCAUGAUGGCGCUCGGGAAGAAGGCGUCAAUAGACGACAUGCGCACGUCGGCGGCGACGCUAGAGGCCGGCGUGGCGUCUGCCCCGCGCUCCAACCUGGUCUCCAACGAGCAGCCCGUCGGCCUUUCGCUCGCGCCCAGGCACUGACCUCCUACCCCUUACUCUUCUAUGACAUGGACUUUACACGUGGUCUGGACUUCACACCCGGUCUGGACUUCACAACCGAUCUGGACUUCACAACCGGUCUGGACUUCACAUGUGGUGUGGACAUGGUCCGAUUUAUGCGCGUUCUCGUACCAGAGUGUUUUAGUAAUAAGCUGCGUAGGCGCUAGCUAGGUAGCUAUACACGCGUGGAAAUACUCGCGAGAGCCUAUGAAAUAACAGAAUAUGAUAAAAAUCGAUUGCCAUGCGUUAGUUUUGCAAAAAAGCACGAAUAGGCUCGAAGGAUUGGUGUCUUAGUAUUUCUGGAGAAACUCGCGUAAAUCGUGCCGUCUGGGCGAAGCCUAAGCGCCUACGUCAACUGCUCUGAUUCAGCUUAAGUGGACGCGCAGCUUUAUACGAUAGUUGACUACUUUGUAGAGACCUCUCGGUAGAUACGUCGUUUAGAAAAAGAAAUGCACCACAAAGAAUGAGGCUUAGGCGCAUUAACAUCUUGCCGCAUCCCACUUUCCUAUGCUUCCCUCCUUUUCUGUCACUCAGAACUGUCAUAAACUAGAGAAAGAGAGCGGGAGUGCGACCGCUUCGGUGAUCCCGCUGAGUGCAAUCUCAUCAUUUCGCUCCAGCAAAUGACGGUUACGAAGUGAUAGAGAAGGACAGCAGCAUAGGAAACUGCGAGUUUUAAUAUUACCCUUAGCGUGUAUAAAAUUAAAUAUCAAAGACGAAAAUUCCUCUUGUACUAUAGUCAAAUCUGAGUUUAAAUCGAGAGUCUACAAAGUGUUCGACCUGUUUGUGUUAAGUUCACUGUCUCUGCCCUCCUGUGUCGUUCUACGGUCCUGGUACCAGGUAUAUUAAGUUUACUUAUUUGAGAUAGUUCUUAACCAAGCCUUAUUGUCUGGCUUCAACAUCUAUUGCAGUCUUGAUCGUAAUUUGUUGAAAAAAAGUUAAUUACAAUGUAGGAUCAUCUCAAAGAACACUUAUUGAAUGGAUAGAAUACGCAUGCCAAUACGAUGUUGGAGUGAGCUUGAUAAACAGAAAAACAAAAAUUUUUUCCUCAUAACCACAAAGGCUAGAAAGAGAUAACUAUAGAUAUUGAAGUCAUACUAUAAUCCUAAAGCAUAUUGAUUAUUUCAUAAUAGAACAAUAUUUACGAAAGUCACUUGGUAAAGUAUUCGUAAUGGUAACAAGUUGGCAACUGUAUUUUUUUUAAUGGGAUUAACGGCUCUGGCCUAGUAGCCUUCUCAGCCUGUCAUUGAUUGAUUCACAGGUGUGUGUGUGUGUCCUCCAAUCAGUGUUGCCAAUUUCCCCUUUUUUAAUCCGAGUGAAUAAAUUGUUUGAAGGACUUAUUCAUGGAGUGGAUCCAAACAUGUUAAUAUUAUUAAUGUAAUGUAUUAAAAUAUGUAAAAGUUAUCGUAUAUUUACUUCUCCAAUAAGAGAAUUCUAUGAAUUGUAUACAUAUUAUAAAUAUUAUUUGAAUAUUGGAGGUCAUUCUAAGACUUCAAGUUUUGGUCUUCGUAUAUAAAUUUUGCUGUUCGGCAAUUGAAAUUUACGAUGAAUAUAACGUCACUGGAAUGGUAAAAUUACGUGAGCGUCAAAAGAUCCUAAAAUAACUUGUUAGACAUAGAAAAUUAAAAAAAAGAUCUUGACACUGUCUGUCAAGACAGACGGAAAACAAAGUGAUUCUAUAAGGGUUUCGUUCUUCCUCCUAAAAACAAUGUAAUCUAACGUUGACGUCACCUAAAUUGCAUACAUGGGUAAAGAGUUAUGAUCGUCAUUUACCCUAGCAUUGUCCAAUUUUCACACGGUCCGCUUCCCUAACCUGAAGAUAAAAAAAAUGGGUGAGAACUUAUGAUGAAAAAAGUAAAAAAUCUUUAAACGGCUUUUCCUCGAGAUGUCCUUUUGGCGCUUACGUGAUUUAACUUUUCAGUAGCGAUAAAAGUAUUUAACCAAUUUUUAGAAACAAAACAUGAGCUAGGGACGACCAAUGUGUAAAGUAUUCUAAAUCGCACGAUAUAGGUCGACAGGGAUCUUGUGGUACUAGGAUAACAUUGACAGAGGGCGCUCGUGUGCACCAUCCUCGAGGGCAAUUGUCAAAAUGUUGUUUUUUAAAUUUUUUGUUCUAUUCUUUUUUGUUUUUUAAAGUAUUGAAAAAAACAUUCUGCCGCUUUUCAAAAAAGGAAGUCAUUGUUUUUUUCCAGAGUAGGUGUAGUAUAAAUUACUUUUUCCGAGGAGGCGGUAUUAUUUCCGAUUAUGCCCAGUUGCUAAAGGGUCCCUGUUGAUUUGUGUAUUAGACACAGUAACUGGUCAAUGUUCGGCCUUUUUGACUACGAACUUUUCUAGCAGCUUUUCAAUGUAUAUUUUAAUGUAGAUUGUAAUUAAUUGUAAUGUAGGCAUGGGCUGUUAAUAGUGUUAAUGUUAUGUAGGCUCCGGGACCGCGGGACAGCUGAGGAAGCGAAAUGGGUUAUGUAUACUUACUGGUGUCUAUUUUAACCGUCUUACCAAUAAAAAAUAAAAACCACAUAAGCGCAUUGUUGAAAAAUCGCAUUAUGAUCUGAUUUUUGUUAACAAAACUUUGCAAGAUAAGUUUCAAUACAUGUAAAAAAUUGUGGUCUCAAUUUUUGAGAGUUUCAAUCCAUGUAAAAAAAUUGUGGUCUCAAUUUUUGAUAGUUUCAAUCCAUAUAAAAAAAAUGUGGUCUCAAUUUUUGAUAGUUUCAAUCCAUGUAAAAAAAUUGUGGUCUCAAUUUUUGAUGGGAAUGAAAUUAAUUGAAAGAAAUCGAGGUUUCGUAGAAGAAAACUUUUCUUCAUAAAGGUGCUUAAGUGGUUUUCACUAUAAGGCGAUGAAAUGAUAAGUAUUUAACAGCCAAGCAAAGUUCAAUUGAAUAAUUUGAUAAUAGGAUUAUAUUUUUCUUGGCUGUCAAAUAUUUAAACAGUUCACCGCUUGUUUAUUUUUUAUUGGUUAAGACGGUAAGUAUUCUUAUUUAACAGCUCUAAAAAUAGUGCUAUCUCUUACGGUAGUUUGGUGCGAGAAAGAGAUAGCACUAAUUUUAGAAAUGUGAAACGUUUAUUAGGCUAGAUGACAACCUAUUAUAGUCAAAUGAGAUACUUUUUUAGAAAUGUCAAAACGGUUCAUUUACGCAGCGUUUUUAUGAGACUACAAAACGGUGACGUCAUCAAUAAACGUGGUCAAACGUACUCAUUGUACCGUAAUUCAAAAUAAAAAAUCGCAAAUGAAUUAAAACGAAAAAUGAGGUUGAUUUUGAUCAUCUAUGUCUGGCUUCCAUUUUUGCAUUUUAUUAUUUAUCUUUGACCCAGACUUCUAGCCUAUUAUUAUUAAAACAGUUAUAGUAAUAUAUAACCCACCUUCACUGUUACCCUGCUGGUCGAUAUGGGUUUAGCACGCCAUUGUGGAAUGCAUUUAUCAUGGCCAUUUUGAUCUUUUAGUCUGGGACCUGGGUGUACCACGUCACAGUUUCCUAUGCUCCUAUCCUUUGUUACGUCAGUUACAUACUUUUGCGACAGAAAUUUCCACUUGAUAUCAACUCAAAUCGUGGUCUGUAUAGUUUUCGUUACGAUGUCAUUAACACCCUUUUUUUGACGUGACUGAACAGGCCUGAGGGGGCCCAGUUGGGCGCGAACCUCGGCUCAGGGCGUCGUCUGAGAGGAAAAUUAUUUUAAAGAAUUAAUCGAUAGCGACAACCGCUGAUUGAGGGAAAUCGUCGACCACAUUGGUGGUCGGUAUCGGGGUCCACAUUAACACCCUGUAUAGUGGAAAAAUACCCCAAAGGCAACUCCCGUCUAUAUUUUUUCUGAGCAUGGAAAUGACCGACGACAUCAACCCAGGCACCAUGUAAAUGACAACUAUGAAGAUGAUUCGAUAUAAGAUCCAUUUAGCCGCAUUCCUAAGCGUUUUACGAUGGUAAAUGCAUUGUACAGUGACAUACAAAUCAUUGGAGUGUCCUAAUAAUCGAUGGCCAAGGGAACGCACGCGGUCUGUCAUAUUCACUUCCAAUUGUGUUCCGUCUUCUAUACGGGGUAUAACCCGUGUGAGUUAACUAGGCACCUCGCUAGAAUGCAACCUCUUUAUGACUCACGUCUAGUUGAUUUGUACGGGUUAUCUCGUGCGAAUCAAGUAGACACCUCGAUAGUAUGCAAAGCAAACUCUGUCGCAUGUCAUAAGCUCAUAACUAUAUCCCAAUUGAGGUAGUCAAAGUUACAUCCAUCGCAAGAUGACGUAAGUCUGAAAAGCGCUUCGCUGAGCUUUCUGUUAGACCAACGUGAUACGUGAGUCGUAUCGCCAUUUUUAAUGGUCGAGCCAACUGUGUUAGUGAAAACUGGACUUCAUUAUCAUACUCCUGCCCUUAUCUCUACUCUAGGUGGCGUCGGCACAACAUGUAUUCCUCUUCAUACACACACAUACAGUGUAGUGAAAACUGCACUUCAUGACACUCAUCUCUGUCUUGCACUCGCCGUAAGUAAAGGACGGCACUAUUAUUAGAGCUGUCAGUUUUGUACGCCACAUUAGGCGCCAUUAUGUCGUCAGCGAGGUGUCCAGUUAACUUGGGUUUUACCCUUGUAAACGUCACUCGGCAUCGACCCCCGAGAUUGUAGUGUUAGCAGUAGGUAGCGAAAUUCCUUGACAUUGAUGUAAGGUGUUUAUUUUAUAAUAUUGAUUACGUAAACGAUGCCUUCCCCAGCUAUUUUUAGGUAUUAAUUUUAUAUUAUUUUAGUUACUACAGCUCUGUAUUUAUUCGGUUGUAAGCGGUUGGCAAGGUAACAGAGAGUGCUCAGGGAUUCAACUGAAAAUUGAUACAAAUAGAAGUAAAAAAACAAUUUUGAGUGAAAUAUGCCAAAAUAUUAAACCACCUUACGCGAUAUUAUUACUUACUAUCAGGUGAGACUGAAGAAACACACACAAGUCUAUAUAAAAAAAAGAUAUGUAUCAUGGUAUACAGAUACAGAAAUCUAAUGAUAAUGCAUUUUGCUCAAGAUGACUAAAACUUUCACGUUUGAAUCAUAGAUAAUUAGUAUCACGUGGUUUCCAGGAUUAGAGCCCGGUCAAUAGCACUUUGCUCGUCCCGUAUUACUUGGGACUUAGACAUAACUGGCGAAUGAGUGGAGGUAUACCAUACAUCUCUGCCUACCACUUUACGGUAUGCUAUGUUAUGGGACUAAAACUUUCUGAACUCGGGUAGAAUCGAAUGAAUUAAACUAUCUCUCUGACACCUUGCCAUGGGGUAAACUAACGCGAUAUGAACUGAAUGCCAAAAGACCAUUCUAUCGCAUAAUUUUGCUAUUGCAACACAUUAACGUUUAGGUUCGAUGUAACGUACAUAUCAAGUGCAUUCCAAAUUGUACUGAAAUGUGGGUCUCAUUUAGGUAUUUUUUAUUCAAUAAGUAGCCCUAGGUUCUAAAAGGUUACAUUGAAACAGUUCAUCUAAAAAGCAAUUUGACAUUUGCGCAUAUGCCAACAAAUGUCAAAUAGCAAUAUUGCUUUUGAACAUUAAUUGUUUCAAUGUGGCCUAAUUAGACCCUCUAUUCCCUGUCUUCUGGAUGUCCCGUCGUCGUAAAUACGCAAUUUUAGUAUGUGUCUCACGUCUUAAAAGUAGGAUAAAUGCACUUUCUUUGGUACUAAACAUUAAUAUACACUUCAGUACCAUGUCGCAUUAACUUCUUUGACAAAUUAAUUCGUAACUUUCACUGAAUUUUAAACACGUUAAUACGACAAGGUUCUAAUGUGUUCAUGAUGGUGUUCGACUGUACGAUUUACGACAACGCUUUUUAUAAACCUUUUAUUGCUAGACUGUUUCCAUAUAAACUUGUUUUAACCAAAAUAACAUUAUUACAACAAUGUCAAUAUGUUGAAGAAAUAUAUGUAUUAACGAUUAUAUACGAUUUAUUAGUGAAAUUAGAUCGUUUGUGCUCACAAACACAUGCAAUAAAGAUAUAGAAUUAAUGUUGUAAAUAAAGUUUUGUUGAAUCAUUUGUUAACUAACAUAAACAUUAUAUUCGUCACAUCUCUAUUAUACUGGAGGGGAUAUGGAGCAUACUCCACUUCUUUAUAAUAAAAAACACAUAAGUAUAAAACUGGCGUAGGCACUAAUUUGUACUUAUAAAAAAUAACAAAAAUAAUUUGAAAUAAAUGAGAUUUUGAUAGACGGAUCUCACUUCUCCAUAUCGCCAUCUAACGGUCAAAUAUGGCGUCAUUCCAAGUCAAUUAAAAUUCACACAUCUGCGUCGUAUUAUAUAAGAAAAAGAAAUUCGAUCAGAAUAUUUAAAUAAUAAUUCACACAUUGAAAGUGUUAGGAAAUGAUUCAAAAAACUUUUUAUGACCAUAUAAAAUAUGACCACACUUUCUUUGUUUUUCAUACCUAUUCCUGAUAAAAAAGUUUAUUUAACUGUGAAAAAAAUUCAUAGUUUCUUUUUUAUAGAAAUAGGCAAUAAAUAAAACCAAUAAAUUAGGAGUCCUCAGUAUAGUAUCAAGGUAAAUGUGGUCCUUCAAUGUAAAAUUAAUCAAUAGACAAUAUUCACCAUAGAUUGUUUGAAACACGUCUUCUUAAACAAAUACACUGUUACUGCAAGAUAUUUUUGUAAUAUAUUUAGGAAAGGGCUGAUGAUUAUGAGUAUUAUUGCUAAGAAGACCCUAGUCUUAGGUAAACAUUUUGUAGGGUUAUAUUUGCUCACCUCUCGCGGCUAUUGGCUUUUUUCUCACGAGAAUGAUUUUACUUUCAGGCAUUUGUAAACGGAUAGAAGUAUUAGUACAGGGUAGUUUCCAAGUAGUCAAAUCAGUUACUUUUUACUAAACGUCAAAACACGAAAUGGCUAUCGAAUUUGUAUGAAAAGGUAACCUGGGGGGUUAAAAUGGCCACAUCGAAGCAAUUCAUCUAAUAUAAAAGUAAGUGCGCAAUGCAAACAAAUGUCAAAUAGCAAUAUUGCUUUUUUAGAUGAAUUGCUUCGAUGUGGCCAUUUUAACCCCCCUGGGAUGUCAUAGAGAAACGUGACAAAAAUCCGCACUUUUUAUUACAUUUUUCAUAAUUAAAAUUCAUAAAUAAGUUAAAUAGAAAAUAGAAAACUUUUUUGUCACCUUUAGAUCUGUCUUUUCAUAAUUUAUCUUUGACCUAGGAAACUACCCUAUUAUUCAGUUAUAAAAAAGCGAUGAAAUGUGGCCCUAAACAACCAGAAUUUCAAUUAACGCUCAAAGAGAAUAUAAUCAUUAUGUGUACGUACUAAUUAAUGCCUUUCUGUAGUCAUUCACGCGGAAAAGAAGCUUAAUUAUGUUAUUUUUUAAAAUAUGGUGUUGCUAGUGUUAAAUCUACACCACUUAAUGAAUAAUAUUUACACUGGCAACACAGAUUUCAACAGAGUAAUGAAUUUAUGUGCUUCCUUAUUUUUUAUAAUUUUAUUAUAAUUAUUUCAUUGUCCAAUCAUUUUAAUCUUCAUCCAUGUAGGUAGUUAAUGCUUUUUUUUAUUUUAAUUGUAUAUAAUUGAUUGAAAUUUUAUAAAGUCACUUAUUUAAUUAAUUAGCCAUUAAGGUACCUAACUUUUGUUACUUCAAUUAUGUCACUUUUAUUGAGUCGAUUUAGAAACUUAAUGCAUGUUAUAGAAAAAAUGUCAGGCUAAAGUAUUAUUCGGCCAAAUUGAAAAGUGGAUUGGUCCUCUUAGCUGAGGAUAUAUCAUUUGGUUGUAUAUACUGUGGGUGAUUGUCCGGUAUGUACGAGUAUGUAUACCUAGUUGUAUAGAGUAAGCAGUUACAAGUUGUUCCACAUCGUUUAAUGUUACUGUUUAGGAAGGCAUAUCUGUAAUAAAUGUGUGUAUAUUGAA